AUGUUAUCCAAUAAUGAAGAUACCCAGCAUAUCUACAACUGUUUCUUUCUGUAUAAAGGUAAAACAUUUUUCUCUAUAUAAGAAAUCAGAAUCCUAUUUCUAUAUUCUUUAACUGUCACUAGAUUGUCUUUAGUCAACAUAGAAUUCCUUAAAAGAGUUUAAUCAAAUCUUUAUACUAUUAUUUAAGUCAACUUCCUGUGGCGUUUGUUAAUCAAUAGUUUGAUAAUUUAUUAAUUAAUUUACUUUGCUUCAACUUUUUAUAUACUAUAUCAAUCAUACUCCCCAAAGGAGCAAUAGUAGUUUUUGCAAUGGUUUAAGCUUAAAGGACCAGUUGACCUAACUAUCUAGGAGAAUAUUAAUAGAGCCUCAUAAAUUCUUUUAAGUCGAGUAAAAGAUGAUCUAUUUAAGGUUAUCUCGAUAAAAUUUUAAUUGCAUUCCAUAAAAAGAAGGCUCCAUGCACAUCUACCUUAUUCAUAUCAGAAGCAAGUAAAUUAUUCUUUUUGAGAUCGUUAGAGGUGUUACCCUGAGGAAUUAUUUUGUGGAAUUUUAUCUCGAUGUUUUACUCUUAUCCAAUUCCUAAUAGGAGUGUGAAUAUUUGUUAAUUUGGUUAGGAAGUUUUUAAUUUUUAGUAUCAAUUGUAUUAUCAACAAUUAUUGGUUUCCCCAAGAAAAUUUAGAUUCCAAGAUGUGAAGAAUAGUUUUUACCUCUUUAGAAUUAUGGGCCAAGCAGAAAGACAAUCUCUACUUCUGUGAUCCAUCCUCCCUCUUUGAUGAUGAGAGUAACUUUGAAAUUAUUUCAAUCCCACAGUCUUAGUUAUUCUCAUUGAUCUGAAAGAUUCGUCUAAAUUCUCCAAUUAUCAAGACAAUUCUUUUUUAAUUAACAAAAGGAUUCUUGAAUUGAAAAUUGAUAAUGUUGAAUAUUUCAUUAAGUCUAAGCCAUCCCUUAGAGGAGGAGGAUGUGGAGAAUCAAAAAUUAAUAGUGAAAUGCAUGCUACAAUUCCUAUAAAUUAUAUUUAGAAUAUGAGAUUAAAUUCUCAAUUGCUUGUUGAUAAAUGUAAUUAACUUUCAGAUAAUUUUUCAAGUAAUGAAAUAAUGAUAUCAUUAUAAUAAUUUUUUGAUUAUAGGUAUUGGAUUUGUGAAAUUUGUAAAAUGACAAUCUAAUUUUAACGAUUUAUGAUAUAGCAUUAAGUUAAUCAUAACAGCUUAUUUCAGUUAUAGCAAGUUUUUUUAAGGGGAUCAGGAUUUCUUUGCUAUUAUGUAUUGGAGUUGUUUAAUGAUUUAUUAUCGAUAAUAUAUACUUAUUAGCUAAAAGAUGAGAAACGCUUUCUUUACACUGAUUUACAUGGUGAAUUAUUAUCAAUGAUAGAUAUUUUCAAAAUGAAUCUUGAAGUUCAUAAUUACUAUUGGACAAAUGGACUAGAGUUUUAGAUUACUCUAAUAAAAACAGUUUUACUAAAUAGCAGGACAAAAUCAAAGAAUAAAUAUGAUAAAUUGAAAUAAAUCGGAUCCUCUCUAUUUUCUUCCUUGUUAUAGUUUUCAUUAAAAGAAUAAUUUUUAAAUGCUAUAUUUGAUUGUGCAAAAGAUUUGCUUACUGCCAAGUACUAUUAAUUUUAGUUUCCUAUUGAAACAUAUCAAAUAUAUUACUUCUUCUUUUUAUUAAAAUCAAAUAUCAUCAAAAAUAUCUAAGAAAAUAAAGUUGAAAGUAAUCUAAUUAAAAAUCUUUAGCAAGGAUAUGAAAAAUAUGUUAUGAAUUCAGAAAAUUGGAUAGUGCACUUUUGUUGGAUAAAUGCUAUUUCAGAUUUGAUUUCAACUAGAAAAAUUAUAUCAAAAACAGAAUUCUUAAAAACCUUAGAUGAAAAUAAACAAAAAUAGCUAUGGAAUGAAUACAUUGACUAAAAUAUUAUUUAAGAAUUAUCUUAUGAUAAAUUGCUUGUGUAAGUGAAUAAUAAUAUUUCAUAUGAGUCUAUGAAUUACGAUUAAGAGUUAACAUUAGAUAAAUUAGGUUAUAAAAAGAUGAAACAAUUUUAAAAUGAUAUUUUAAAUCAAUAAUUUGCAAAAAAAUAAAAUUUCUUUAAAUUGUAUUUAGAUUUUACAUUUAAAAAAUUGAAAAAACCAGAAGAAUAAAGCAAUAUAUAGUAACAACUUGAAUUAUUAAGUGUUGAUGAAUAAAGUAUGAAACUUUAAAAUUUAUAUUAAAUGUUAGAAAAAAUCUUAAGAAUCUUCGAACAAUAUAGUAAAUGUUUAGUAAACUCAACUUCAAUCCCUUCUCAAUAAGUUGAAACAAAAACUUAGGACAAUUAAUAGGAUCUAGCUUAAGAUUAAUAAGGAGAUAUUUAAUAAUUAGAUGUAAGUCUUUUCAAACUUUCAUAUAUACUUUAUGAAAUAGAUAUCACUAUGAUUAUUGAGAAAAAGAGAAUAGAAAUCUGUUUAGAAUAAGCUAAAUUGGAUUAAAGUUAAAAUGAAAAAGAUAAUAAAAAAAAGAAUAAAGAUAAUAAAGAAAAGGAGGAGAAAUAAUUAAAUUAGCUUGAAACUAUUUAUAAGGAUUGGACAACAAAAUAUAAUGAAAUAUUUAAUCUCAUCUCAAAACACAAAGGAUUUCACUUAAAGUUUUCGAAAAUUGAAAAAAUGUAAUCCUAAGAAUAAUAAAUUUAAAUUCAAGAAAAUGAUUUAAGUGUAUUUAUUAGAGAUAUUUAAAUUUCAAUAAAACGGUUUUUAUAAGAAUUUAGUUUAUAGUAAUAAUCGUUAUAAAACUUUUUGGAGCUAAACAAUAAGCAAAUAAAAAUAAUAGAUGAAGAAUAAUUAGAUCAAAAACUGAAUGAAUUCUUCCUAGAUUUUAUUGAAAGGGAUAAUUUAUUAUUUAUAGAUGAUGAAUACCAUAAAAAAAUUAUGGAAAGUCUCAUUCAAUAAAAUUUUUAAAAGCUUGAAGAUAUAAAUAAAUUUGAUUCUAAUCUUAAAAACUAUAUCAAAAUGAGCAAAAUUUUAAAAGGGUAAAUUAUGUAAACAGUUUACAUUUUUUCCAAAUUGGAAUUGAAUCUCAAAUCUGUCUUAGGAACUAAAAAUUUUAAAGAACAUAAAUCUAUAAGUGAAUUGAUAAAAUUACAAGAAAAAGAAAUUGAACUAUUUAUUUCUUAAGAUCUUAAAGAUUAAAGUAAUAUUUCGAAAAUACUUUAAUACAUUUUAAGGUUAAGAGAUAAAAUAAUAGAUAAUUUUGCCUAAUAAUAAAAUACAUUAUUUAGCUCAGCAUUAAUUCUGUAAACAGAACUUUUUAAUUCAGUUUAUAAUUUCAAUUUAUCCUCUGAAUAAGAUUUCGAAUAAUUCAAGAAGGAGAUAUAGGACAAAUACUAAUAAUAUAAAAAUAUUGAGUAAUAAAAUAAUGAUCAAAAUGAGAAUUCUCAUAAACAAAUUUAGAAAGUAUAAAUUGAAUAAAAUGAGCAAUCAAAACUUCUUUCUAAAAAAAUAACAGAAUUGAAUAAAUAAAUAAUUGUUAUUCACAAUAUAAUUGAUAAAAUGGAAAUAUUAUCUUAAUAUAUUCACUAAAAUUGUUCUAGUAUCAUAUAUUUAAAUGAAGUCAAUUUUCCAGAAUCUUUAUUCUUAAAUAUCAAAAAUAUUAUUAAAGUAUAAAUAAAUAAACUAGAAUUAGUUAACUUAUUACAAGAAUUUAUAAAGGGUGUGUAGGAGAAAAAGUAAUCUUAGAGAAAUCAAAUUUAAAAUAAAAUAAAUUUUUCAUUAAAAGAUUUUGCCAUUAUGUUUUGCUAUAAUAGUUUAUCUUCAGAUAUCUUAGUUAAGAUAGAUAAAAACUAUUAAGAUAUACUAGAUAAUUUACAACAAGAAGUGAUUGUGGAAAGAAAAUUCUAUGAUUUAAGCAAAGAUUACAUUGUUCGUGAAUGCUUCCUCUUUCACAUGAUAAAAAUUUAAUCUUAAGUCCCUGAAAAAAAAAUAUUAUAAUUUUGUCAAGAAUAUAUUUAACAAAUAUGGCUGAAAGAAAAAGAUAAAUCAGUUAGAGCUUUACUAAAAAAUAAAGAGAUGGUGGAAAUGUAAAAAUAACUGUUCUCUCAUGAUCUUAAAACUUUUUCUGCAAGCAUUAAACAAGAGAUGAAUUAAAGAAUGUAGGAAAUGAAAGCAAUUGAAUCAGAAAUUAGAUUUGAAGGCAAUCUAUCAAAGCGAGAUGAAUUGUCAAAAAAAUUAACUAAUCAAUACGAAGAAUUUGAGGAAUUUCUAGAAAGUAUUUCUGAAAUGUAGUAGCAAUUGGAUAUUACUUUGAUAUUUUUAAAGGAGCUACAAAAAAAUAUGAAAUAAAUUAAAAAGUAAAUAAAUUAUCUAUAGGAAUCAAUAAAUGAGAUUGGAAAUGAUGUAAGAAAAUUAAGAGGUAAAAAAUAUGAAGAGUUAUUUGAAAUUAGAAAAGAAAAAGUAAAAUCAUAAGCCUAUCUUCUAGAACUUGAUUCUAUAUAUAUUCCAUUAAAUACAUAGGAAAUCAAUCCUUUUACAGGAUAAAUAUAAAAGACUUCUUCAGGUAAAGAUUCUUCUGAAUUACUUAUUGAGGAUUAAAAAGAAAACAAAUAAGCAGAAAGGGAAGGAGAAGUCAACUAAUUUAUUUAUGAAGAGGCGAAUAAAGAUGUUAUGCUAAUCAAAGGUUNA